AUGGCGGCAGUGUCCCUAGUGCCCCCAGUGGCCCCGAAACCCCGACGGUCCUCUAUAUGGGCAGAGACCUUUGGAGCACCCCUGGACUCUUUCUGGCGAACCGACAAUGGCAACGAGGUGCAUUCCGAACUCAAGCCCAUGCUGCCUGAGCUGCCGCUUUUCAAGUAUCAAGACGCGCCCAAGACCGUGCCGUUGCCGAAACCCGAAGACCAAACACUAGACAGGUUAUUCAAUGGGGAGAGACAGCAGCAACACUCCACUGGGGGCCUCAGGACCUAUCAGCUCCCCACUCUCAACCUCGAUACCUACCAUCCAAAAGGCCGAUCGCAGCCAUUGCGUGACGAAGAUCCCGCCAGAGCUAAAGAGUUGUUCAAGAGGCAGAUGAUACGAGUCGACGAGAGGGACUGGCCUGCGUUCUUGUUGAAGGAUCGUUGGUAUGAUCUUCAAGUGAACCCACUUGAUACUAUCCAGAAUCCGGAUCCUAUCUGGCAAAAGACUGAUCCCAAGUGUUGGAGUGUUGUUCGCAUGCGCCGGCGGAGACAAAGAGCUACUUCACAGCAAAUGUGGGAGCGCUUGAUACAUUACAAUCAGGAGACCAGUUGGUCGUUCAAGGACGAGAGCAUUGAACCUUACGCUCAAGCACCCACUCCGGAAACAAUUCCUUGGGAGACCUUCCAUGUUGUGAUGAUUUCUGUGGCGCCCUUGCGUGCAUUGUUUAACACGAAACUACCGCUAGCGGAGAAAUGCAUUGCGCAGUGGGAUUUAACCGUGACCAUACUCCACGAGCUAAUGCACGCAACCAUGUUUGGAAGAAAUAGAGCAGGAGGAGACGACCCUAGGAAAACAACAGAACCGUUCGUGGCGCGCGAGGUAUGCAACCUGAGUCUUCUGCCGUACAUGUCCCACCGACUCUUUUGA